AUGAUUCUACAGUUUUCACACUUUAACUUUUCCAAAGCUGAACCUUUGAAGUCUAGUGAUAUUGCUAAAAUUGAGAAAGAGUUUUCUCUACCUGAAAACAAGGAAAGAAAGGCGAAGACCGAUGCAUUUUCUAAAACAAAGGUCAAGAAAGGUACAACAGUGUACCAUAUCCCUAAGCAGAUUAAGGAUAUUAAAGAAUUUCUUGAAAUUGCCCGCAGAAAGGACGCCAAGUCCGCUCGCAUCAAGAAGAACGCUGACUCUGUCAAGUUCAAGGUUAGAUGCUCUCGCUACCUCUACACUCUUGUUGUCAAGGACAAGUCCAAGGCCAACAAGCUUAAGCAAUCUCUUCCUCCUGCUCUCGAUGUCAAGGAUAUCUAA